AAGUCAUGAGAGGGAAGAAACAUUCCCCUGAGCACGAGCCCAUACGCAACAGCAAGCCCCAGGAUCACUGCAGGAAUACUGCAGUUCUCCCGUGGCCUGCAGGACAUGCCCAGCAGCCUGUGAAGUGGGAAGGUACCGUGAGAGGGAAAGAAGCUGGUCCCAGAAGCACCUGAAGUUUGUGGUCAUGAGGAAGGUGACUGAAUUCCAUUGAGAAACUUUGCUGUUCUGUGUGUGCUGAUUUGCAAACAAGGUGAUUUCACCUCUCAGGAUCCAAUUGACACCCAUGCAGAGGCAUCCCACAAGCAUUAUGAGGACUCUUGCAGCCAGCUUUGAUGUUCAGUCCUCAAUGGCAAAAAUCCCAGCUCCCACCACUCUGGCCAUUUUCCUGGCUUGCCUCUUCUCUGGGGCACACAGUCAGACCCCAAGGGCUUUCCAGGAGAGCACCAUCCCCUUUGAGGUGCUUAGCCAGGAGCAGGUUUACAGCCUGGUCCAGCCAAGCCUGUUCCAGGAUAACAGGCAGUUGAACCACUCAGAGAUUGUCUCUGGGAGCACCAGCUCUGAGCCACCUCUGCUGCCUGUGUGUGUGAAGCCCACAGAUAUCAGACACAUCUUCAAAUACAUCAACACCAUCGUGUCCUGCGCCAUCUUCAUAGUGGGGAUCAUUGGCAACUCCACACUCCUGAGGAUCAUUUACAAGAACAAGUGUAUGAGGAAUGGGCCAAAUGUCCUCAUUGCCAGCUUGGCACUUGGAGACCUGCUUUACAUCCUCAUUGCUCUACCCAUCAAUGUGUAUAAGCUCUUGGCAAAGGACUGGCCCUUUGGUGUGCAGGUGUGCAAGCUGGUCCCCUUCAUCCAGAAGGCUUCAGUGGGCAUUACAGUCCUCAGCCUUUGUGCUCUCAGCAUCGACAAGUACCGAGCAGUGGCAUCCUGGAGUCGGAUCCAGGGGAUAGGAAUCCCCAUGUGGAAGGCAGUGGAGGUGAUGCUGAUCUGGGCAGUGGCCAUCGUGCUUGCAGUGCCUGAAGCCAUAGCCUUCGACAUGGUGGAGCUCAGCUACUGGGAACAACACCUGCGGGUGUGCAUGCUUGCCUCUGAACAGAAAUCCAGCUUCAUGAUGUUCUAUCGUGAUGUGAAGGACUGGUGGCUUUUUGGCUUCUAUUUCUGCCUCCCCUUGGUAUGCACUGGCAUCUUCUACACCCUCAUGUCAUGCGAGAUGUUGAGCAAGAGAAACGGCAUGAGAACUGCUCUGAAUGACCACAUGAAACGGCGCCGGGAGGUGGCCAAGACAGUGUUCUGCCUCGUGGUGAUCUUUGCACUCUGCUGGCUUCCGCUCCACCUCAGCCGCAUCCUUAAGAAGACCAUCUAUGACCAGACGGACCCCAACAGAUGUGAACUGCUCAGUUUCCUCCUUGUGAUGGAUUACUUCGGGAUCAAUAUGGCCUCCCUCAACUCCUGCAUCAACCCUGUGGCUCUCUACUUUGUCAGCCGGAAAUUCAAGAACUGCUUCCAGUCCUGUCUGUGCUGCUGGUGCCAGAGAUCCACUCUGAGCAUCACACCGAUGGAUGACAAAGGCUCUGUUGGGAAGUGGAAAGCCAAUGGGCAGGAGCUUGGGGUGGACCGGAGCAGCUCCCGCUUGAGUAACAAGUACAGCUCUUCCUAAAGCCAUGCCUCUGGCAGGGCCAAGAGAAGAAGGCUCUGUGCCAGGAUGGCAGGACUCCUCCAUUACUCUCGCAUUGCUGUUUCCUGGCUGGGCAUGAAAAAUUUUUAUCUUUCAUGUGAUAACCUGAAAGGAGCUGCAGCAUUUCACUCGACCCCUGGGACUAGCUCUGAACACAGGCUCUGUACCACUGGAGGAGAGGGAAAAGGAUGCAGAUCCUCACAUGAUUUUUCAUUUCCUUGCAGAAAAAGCAAAUGACUUAUGGCCAUUUGUCUUGGUUGGAAAUGUGAGGUUGGAAGAUGUGUUAGAAAAGGAAAGGAAGGUUGAGAUGUGGUCACAUUGAGAUGAAUGUGGAAUGAGGAGGAGGGGGAGAGGACCAUGAGUGACAAUUUCCAGCUGAAAAAGCCAAAGAAAAGGUUUGGUAACAUCCGUUAUCAUCUCCCUCUGUGACUGGGACAGUUUGUCCCUGCACAGAGCCGGGAUAAGAUCCUGGCCCCAUGUAUCUCUGGUAGACCCACUGACUGUGUGUAAUCUCCUGUUCAUAGUAGGGAGAGAUGGUCAGCAACUUUGCUUCACUGUUUGUCACUGGUUAAGUAACAAACCUGAUCCAAGGAGCCCUAAAAGUCCUCCCCAGUUCACUUCUUCGCCAGGCUCCCCAACCAAAGAUAAUGCUCACCCCACCUGUGUAUGGCACAUGAAAGGGAUCGUAUGGGACCGCAUGGCUUAGAGGAGCAGAUACCCUUGGUGGAAGCUAGUGGCUUUCUAUCAGCUCCAUCUUCCCCCUCCCCAGGGCAGGUGAGCUCCUGCUAGCCCGGCACGGCUGCUGGCCCAAGGGGCUGUCCUUCAGGGAAGUGUGUGUAAACCCAGGAAAGAGAAGGUUCAAAUGUGAAUGAGGCUGCAACCAAGGAACCAGCCCCCACCUUUUCUGCCCUUUGCUGAACCAGGCAGCAGCUAAUUCUCUCCCUGACACAGGAUGCAAGGGAGAGGAUCCAGGAGCUGGGCCCUUCCAGAAAAGCAUCUAGCCUUCAGUUUCUGCGGUAUUCAGCUGCUGGAACGUCCACAGACUCCUUCAGCCACUGGCUCUGGGGAGGGGGAUUGUCUGAAAGAGCACAGCUCUGAAGGGCAAGGGGUAUUUUGCUGCUGCCAACGAGGCCAAGCUCCAAAGGGGCAGCAGAGCUGGACCCUGAUGUCUCUUGGCCAUAGCACCAUGACACCACGUUCAUCCAUUUGUAAGGGUGACACUGCUGCUCAUCCUCAUGGUCAAACUGCAAUGGAAAAGGCAACAGAGAAGGUCCAAUCUCAGCUAAAAGAGCUGCUAGAGCUAACCAAAAUAUGGCAAAGAGUGUUCACAAAUUUAUUAUUUAAUUAAUUUCCAAGUGCUUUCCCAGCAUGUUUUUCUAAAAAAUCAUGCUUGCAUAUCUCACCAAAACUUAAAAACCUGUAUGAGAAAGUUCUACUUAUCAAGAUUUUAUUUCUGUUGUUUUUCCCUUCUCUCUUUUACCUCUCUCUCUUUCUUUUCCUCAUUCCCCUUUUCCUGUUGCCAAGGGAAAAAUCAAAGAGAGGACAAAGGGGGAGCAGACUUGCAAAUAAAGCAAAACAUUUUCCAGG